UUUGCAAUAUAUUAAGGAGCUAUAAUUAACAAAUAUUUCCGACAUCCCAAUGAAAUUUGUGUUGUCUUCAGAUCAAUUGGGAAAAGAAUCUCUCUAUUGUCACAACUGUAAUUUCCAUCGAGACGGUGAAAACCAAUACUCGUGAGAAUUGGAGUAGAUUAAAAUGUAGUCACCGAAGUUAAAUAUCUCUAGGUGAUAAUACAGUCGCAAACUUGACGUAGAAGAAGUUAAUACUGGUGAAACGGCUAUAUGGGAAAUUACACGGAACCGUUACGCACAUUUGCAUUGAUAAUACCAACACAUUUUACGCGUUCUCUGCUCUUGUUUUCUGUGGCCCUCUGAAAGUGUCAAAGAUGUUGCCGGUUAUAUGUCCAUGUUACUAUGUUCAGUUUGUAAUUUUAUAGUUUUAUGGAGUUAUGAGUGACUAGCUGCUAAAUUUCAUGCUGUUUUGGUAGAAAAACAGCACGUUUUAAGAGUACCUUAUGAAAAGAAGUAUCGUCAUAGUAACUUUUCAGAAUGGGAUAAAAAUGGUUCAUUUCAGCAUGAUCACAAUUCGCAAACUGUGACGUCAUAAAUAUUGACUGAAAAUAAACACUGUAUGGAAGCUGGCAAUUUUAUUUUAUUUUAAUGUGUAUAUUUCGGGAUGAAAGUUAGCUACACAUAAUUAGCGUUGCAGGAAUGGCAACCAGAAUCCCAGGUAUUCGGCCAUAUCCAGGACCCCCACCUUUAAUGGGGCAGUCUCCCCUCCCACCUCCACCACCACCUCCUCCCCCUGAAUACAGUUGUGGUGGCCCUCUCCCAUUUCGUCCAACAUAUGACCCAUACUUUAGAUCAAGAGGACCCAUGAGGGAUCACAGAUUUGGUCCUCCACCACCAUGGGUAUCCAGUGGAAGGGGCAGAGUUCCAGGAAAUAUGAAUAAAAUUCCAGCACCAGGAGGGCUGAAAGGACCAUGGCAAAGUCUUAAUCAGCAUCAACAAAAACAUCAGCUAUCACAACAGCUAUCAAAACUACAGCAACAAUCACAACACCAGUCACUACCACUGCAAAAACAUCCACUGCCAGUACAGCAACAUUCACUGCCUCCACAACCCCAUCACCUUUCACCACCCUUACCACCACAACAGCAACACCCAUCACCACAGCAGCAACCAUUACCCCCACCACCACCACCCCCUUUGCCACCACCACCACCUCCACCUCUUCCACAUAAGCAACAAAAUGUCCAAGAAUCCAACCCUGAAUCUCAGUUGAAAGAUGGAAAUGCUAAUCAGACACAACCAAUGCAACAAAAUUCAAAUGGUGCUGACUUAAAUGCAAGAAAACGUGCACUGAAUCAAAAUGGUGGAGGUACUGGAUCAGAUCUACCAAACAUUAAGAAUCCAGUCUUACCAAAGGAACUAACCAAUAAAUUUGGUCCAUUAAAAUGUGAUCUCUGUAAAGUUUCGGUCAAUUCAACAGUUCAAGCAAAGAUGCAUUAUACUGGGAAGCAACAUGAUAAAAAAGUGACCCAUUUCCUUGCCAAUUGGAGCCGUGAGACUGGCGAACCUAUUCCUCUCAGACUGAAAGAUGGGACUUCUCCAAAAAAGGCACUAGUGGAUCCACAUGAUCUGUAUUGUUCGGUAUGUGACUUGGCACUGACUUCACAACAACAUGCGCAGCAACACUAUAUGGGGCGAAACCAUCAACGUGCUUUGGAAGGACAUGCCCCUCUUAAGGCCGGUUACUUUAAUAAGGAAACUGGACGUUGGCAGAGGUCACCACAGUCUGAGAAAUCAGACCCAGCAACUGAUCCUUUUGGUCUCAUAGAUUCCUUAACAGAUCCACCUUCUGCCAAGAAAGGAAGGUUUUUCUGUGAGUUAUGUCAAGUGGCAGCUACGUCUCAGGACCAGUUGGACAUGCAUUUUAAUGGUGCUAAACACAAGAAAGCGGAAAAGGCAGCAGGUGGCACAACACCGGCUGGAAUGUGGAAAGUACCGACCACUGUGGCUGUACCAAUCCCACCUCCAGCACCAACAGAUUCCAUUCUGGCAAGUGUUAUCAAGACUGAAGAUAACACAUCUCGUAAAGCAGGGAUCAAAGAUUAUUCUAUAUAUCGGACACCUUCAGGCCAGUUCUACUGCCAACCCUGUAAUCUUACGUUAAAUUCUGAAGCACAGUUUGCGCAACAUUGUGAAAGCAAGAAACAUAAGUUUAAGUUGGCAACUGUGAAGAAGCCAAAUCUUAAUAAAUCAGUGGGGAGAAUUAGUACCUAAAGUCAACACGCAGAUCAAGUAGAUGGUCAAAGAUAAGAAAGUGUUUUAUCCUGGUUAUAAGUUAUGAAGGCACUUUUGUGUAAUUGUCAGCUACUUUAUUAGAAAAUUUGUUUUAACUCUCGAAAGUUAUGAUUUUCAUCUUCGACGAUUAAUUUAUGUAUAUAUUAUUUUAGGAAGCAAACUUUUAUACAACAUACGAGGCUCGUACACAAAGUAAGUUUCCCUGGGGCCGUUUACAGAAACAAAACACAAUUUCAUGGAAAUAUUUAUUGCG